UUGUGUCAGCAGGUAGAGAGCGUGAUUGCAGUCCCAGGGGAGGGAGUCAGAGCUAGAACACCAAUUACAAACCACAGGCUUCCUCCUCUAGGGAGUUGAUCCAGAAUUGUCUUUCUGGAAGGGAAGCACUCGAAUCCUUCCGAACUUUCCAAGUCUAUCCAUGAUACAAAGAUAUUGCCUUCUCCCUCUGGGAUUUUCUGUGUUCCUGGUAGUGAAUUUUUGCUGAUGUAUUUGCUACUUUGCUUCUUUUCUCUUUCAAGAUUUGAUCAUUUUUAUAUGCUGUUCGGGGAGAAAAAGGACUUUUGUUAGAAAGGAGAUUUCAGAAAUGGUUUUGGAUCCUCCAUAAGUGUUUUUAGAGUUCUUGGGGACAGUAGCUCUAACCUUGGAGUAAGUUUCUGCCUUUGACCUGCAUGGAUUAUUUUUUCAGGCUGCGGAAUUUCUCGGCAACUACCUGCAGUGUGGGGCACUUGGUUUGGUUGCAGAGUGAGAAGGUGGAAGAAUGAGCUGUACUUGGUUAAGCAGUUGAAACCUUAUUUUGAGCAGGAUCUAUAAAAGCAUAAUUGAAUUUGUUUCACCCCCGUGGAUUCCAGUGGGCCCGACAGCGCAACAGUGGCUCCAGAAUUUGAUGCAUAUGGAAGACCAGCACCAACUGAUUUGACAUAAUAAAAAUUCAAGAUGUGACCAUCAACCUCAAGCAAAGUUGGAAAUUCCAAAGAGAAGUGGUGAUACCUGUACUAAACAGUGAAGAUGGGAGAAAAUGACAUACCUGAAGCAGAAGUAGGCUGAAAAUACCUUCUUCCCUGCCAGAUCAGGAAUGCCACCUGUUCUUGGGAAUAUGCUUUAGAGAAAGGAAGGGCCAAAACAACAACCCGGCUUUCUGAAACUGAAGCAUACAUUUCUUUUCCUCUGUUUGUCUGGAUCUGAGAACCUGCAUUUGGUCUUAGCUAGUGGAAGCAGUAUGUCUGGCCGAAGUGCAUUGCUGCAGCUGGUAGCAUGAGUGGUGGCCACCAGCUACAGCUGGCUGCCCUCUGGCCCUGGCUGCUGAUGGCUACCCUGCAGGCAGGCUUUGGACGCCCAGGACUGGUCCUGGCAGCGGUGGAGUCUGAAAGAUCAGCCGAGCAGAAAGCUAUUAUCAGAGUGAUCCCCUUGAAAAUGGACCCCACAGGAAAACUGAAUCUCACUUUGGAAGGUGUGUUUGCUGGUGUUGCUGAAAUAACUCCAGCAGAAGGAAAAUUAAUGCAGUCCCACCCCCUGUACCUGUGCAACGCCAGCGAUGAUGACAAUCUGGAGCCUGGAUUCAUCAGCAUCGUCAAGCUGGAGAGUCCCCAGCGGGCCCCCCGCCCCUGCCUGUCACUGGCCAGCAAGGCCCGGAUGGCAGGUGAGCGAGGAGCCAGCGCUGUCCUCUUUGACAUCACAGAGGAUCGAGCCGCUGCUGAGCAGCUGCAGCAGCCCCUGGGCCUGACGUGGCCAGUGGUGUUGAUCUGGGGCAACGAUGCUGAGAAGCUGAUGGAGUUUGUGUACAAGAACAGAAAGGCCCACGUGAGGAUAGAGCUGAAGGAGCCCCCAACCUGGCCAGAUUAUGACGUGUGGAUCCUCCUGACGGUGGUGGGCACCAUCUUUGUGGUCGUCCUGGCCUCGGUGCUGCGCAUCCGGUGCCGCCCCCGCCACAGCAGGCCGGAUCCCCUUCAGCAGCGAACAGCCUGGGCCAUCAGCCAGCUGGCUACCAGGAGGUACCGGGCCGGCUGCAGGAGGGCCUGGGCUGAGUGGCCAGAUGCAGGAAGCAGCUGCAGCUCAGCCCCUGUGUGCGCCAUCUGCCUUGAGGAGUUCUCAGAGGGCCAGGAGCUACGGGUCAUUUCCUGCCUCCACGAGUUCCAUCGCACAUGUGUGGACCCCUGGCUGCAUCAGCAUCGCACUUGCCCCCUCUGCAUGUUCAACAUCGUAGAGGGAGAUUCACUUUCUCAGCCCCUGGGACCCUCUCGAUCUUACCAGGAACCAGGCCGGAGACUCCACCUCAUUCGCCAGCAUCCCGGCCACGCCCACUACCACCUGCCUGCUGCCUACCUGUUGGGCCCCUCCCGGAGUGCAGUGGCUCGGCCCACGCGGCCUGGUUCCUUCCUCCCGUCCCAGGAGCCCAGCGGGGGCCCUCGGCACCACCGCCCCCCGAGAGCUGCACAUCCCCGGGCUCCAGGCGACCAGCAGCGCCUGGCCGCGGCCCAGCACCCCUAUGCACAGGGCUGGGGGCUGAGCCGCCUGCGAUGCACUUCGCAGCACCCCACUGCUUGCCCACCACCCCCGCGCCGGCCCAGGCCUCACGACAGCAGCGGCUCUGGAGAAAGCUACUGCACAGAGCGCAGCGGCUACCUGGCAGACGGACCGGCCAGCGACUCCAGUUCGGGGCCCUGCCAUGGCUCUUCGAGUGACUCAGUGGUCAACUGCACAGACGUCAGCCUGCAGGGCAUCCACGGCAGCAGCUCUACCUUCCGCAGCUCCCUGAGCAGUGACUUUGACCCCCUGGUUUACUGCAGCCCCCAAGGGGGGACCCAGGGCAAGGAGACUCAGCCUGGCGUGACCUCUCGGCCCCGUUCUUUGGACUCCGUGGUGCCCACAGGAGAAACCCAGGUUUCCAGCCAUGUCCACUACCAUCGCCACCGGCACCACCACUACAAAAAGCGUUUCCAGUGGCACAGCAGGAAGUCUGGCCCAGAAACUGGAGUCCCCCGGUCCAGGCCUGCCGUUCCUCGGACACAGCUCCAGUCAGAGCCGCCUUCACCUGACCAGGAAACAGCCAGAUCCAACCCAGCGGCUCCUUCAGGGCAGCUCCCCAACCCACAACGGCCCAGGGCCCUCACUGAGCCAGCCCCUGCACCAGCCGAUGCCUCCAGCCCGACCCCCAGUCCCGGCAGCCCCUUCCACUUGCAGAAAUCCAGCCUCCUUGUCCGACACCCACAGAGGAGACGGCGGGGGGGUCCCUCAGAGCCCACCCCAGCCUCUCGACCCCAGGACGUGACUGCACACCCAGCCUGCCAGAUUCUCCCCCAUUAUGGCCCUAGCCUGGCAUACCCUUGGUCCCCAGAGGGCCACCCACUGAUCUUCGGACCUCCGGGCCUGGACAGAAGGCUGCUACCAGAAACCCCAGGCCCUAAUUACCCCAGCUCACGGCCAGUGUGGUUGUGUCUGACUCCACGCCAGCCCCUAGGACCACACCCAUCUGGGGAGGGGCCUUCUGAAUGGAGUUUUGGCCCCCCAGAGGGCAGGCCGUGCCCUUACCCACACUGCCAGGUGCUGCCAGCCCAGCCUGGCUCAGAAGAGGAGCUUGAGGAGCUGUGUGAACAGGCCGUGUGAGAUGUUCAGGCCUCACUCCAACCAAGAGUAUGCUCCAGAUGCCUCGGGGCCCUACCUGCCAGAGUCCGGCUCCUGAGAGAAGAAAGGACCUCAGAAAACACCGCUCUUUUAUGCCGGACUUCCUGGCACCCCUGGCACAGGAGUGGUGAUGGUGGGUGGCAGGAGGUGUUGUUUCCUGCUCCCCGCUCCAGACCUUGUCUGCAGAACCCUCUGCAGUGCCGCACGUCUGUGUCCAGCCCGGCAACCAGCUAGCACUUGUGUGGGCUGGCUUCCUUGCAGGCCGGUUUUGGGUUUUGAGAGCAGGAAGCUAGGUGUGGGCAGAUGGGUGUCAUGAAGGCGGUGCUCCUUCCCAGCCCCAGUAGGUUUCCCUCAUCCCAAGCCUCCUGUUCACACCAGCCAGUGGCUGCAGCUGAAUGCAUGGGCCCUUCUCUCCACCUUCCCUGGGAGAGUCCUGCCCACCAGCUCUGGCUCCUCCUCAGUGAGGCUGCUGCAUAAGCGGCAAUGCUGGUUCUUACCAUUUUCCUUCUUAGCAAAAAGAUCGGGAGCCCAGGGGAGCCUGACCCCAAAAGGGGGGCUUUUCAGCUUCUCCAGGAAGGGCCUGCCCUGGUGCCUAAAGGAGGAUAUUUCCCCCUCCUUGUCCUCACUUGUCAGAUCCUUUGUAUUAAGUGAGAGAGAAGGCUCUGUGGAUUCUGCACCUGAGGGGGUAGAGCAACUUGAAGAACCUGGGUGGAAGCCUCUGAGCGUCAGACUCCCUUGUCACUCCAGCAGCCCUAGUUCCUGGGGGAUAGGGGUGGGGAUGGUGGGAAGGGAAUAACUCUGGACUUUAUGUAGAAAGAGGGAGCAAGGAGUGAAGGUAGAAAGGGCAGAAUUAUUGCCGAACAAGGAAUUUUUCUCUGAGAGCAGGGAUAGGGAACAGAGGAGAACAAAGGAGAGGUAAUAUGGGACCCUUGGGAUUAGAGGGCCCAGAGGCCCAGCUUCCCAGUAUAAGCCACGCAGGCCCGGGACACCCAGGAAGAAGUGGAGCUGGAGCAGGAAGUCUGCCCUGGGCAGCUGGUUACCGAGUGGGCACGGGCUGAGGGGCCUCCUUGGGGUGACAUUCACCCCAAGGCAGUUGGAGCAUUGCUGGCCCCUCAGGCAUUAUCCCAUUUGGAAUGUGAAUGUGGGAGCCAAGUGGGCACAGGACCCCACCUGGGAAUCUUCUUCCCCCAAAGUCAGGGGGGAACUAGCACCUAGGUACCCACGUGGGUAUUUAUAUCUGGACAGAAAGAUGCUUGAAUCAGGCACUAUGUUGAGAAAUGUAUUUAUUUGCUAAUAUAUUUAUCCUUAAAUGCGG